AUGCAAGGUGCUAAUAGGCAAAGAGGUCACGGAGCAGUUGAGAUGCCACUUCCAGAUACUGGCGAGCAAAUCUACAUUUCUUCGCUUGCUCUAUUGAAGAUGCUUAAGCACGCAAGAUCAGGUAUUCCAUUUGAAGUCAUGGGAUUGAUGGUUGGAGAGAUUCACGAUGACUACACUAUCACUGUUGUUGAUGUAUUCUCGAUGCCUUAGAAGGGAACAACUAUUAGUGUCGAGUCAGUUGAUCCAGUUUUCUAACAACAGUUCAUGGAUAUGAUGAAGCAGGUUGGACGUGAUCAGAUGUGCGUAGGAUGGUAUCACUCCCAUCCAGGUUUCGGCCCAUGGCUCUCAGGAACUGAUGUUGAGACUCAAAAGUCUCAAGAAAUGCUUAACCCCAGAGCUGUUGCCGUAGUCGUUGAUCCAGUUUAAUCAGUAAAGGGCAAGGUAGUUAUUGAUGCAUUCAGAAGCAUCGACCCAUAAGUGAUCAUGCAAGGAAUUGAACCAAGAUAAACCACCUCAAAUAUUGGGCAUAUUACCAAACCAGCUCUAGUUGCCAUUGCUCAUGGUCUUGGCAAAUACUAUUACAACAUUGCUCUUAACUAUCGUAAGAAUGAGUUUGAACAAAAGAUGCUUCUUAACCUCAACAAAGUAAACUGGUCACAAUCACUGAAGAAUCUUGACUACAAAGAGCACCAGACAACCAUAAAUGACACUCUCAAGAAUAUGGCCAAGUUGACUGAGGAUUAUAACAAGUGGAUUCAAGAGGAAAACAAAAAGACUCAUGAUGAAUUCGUAGUUAGCAGUGUAGGUAAGAUGAACCCAAAGAACCAUCUAACCCAUUAAAUUGAUGACACUCUUCACGAAAACGUCAUGGAAUGCCUUGGUACCAUGCUUAACACUGUAGUAUUUUGA